AUGUGUCUUCUAAUUUUCUUGCCGAUCGCGUCAAGUGCCGUUUUUCUAGAGAAAUCAUAUGAAGACACCAUUCCCGAAAGAAUAAAGUCCGAUCCAAAGCUCUUCGUGAAUCUGACCACAAAUGAGAAAAUCGAAUCAAUGGAAGAACGUUGCCCGGAUGAGGAUUUGUACAAUGAAUGUUCCGCCAUCUGCCGGUUCGAGUACUUGCAGUGUUUGGGAGAAUGCGAUUCUGCUCUUUGCGAGAGCGAGUGUAUCAAUGACUAUUCAACGUGUACUUCUUUUUGCCCAUGCGGGUCAAAUUGCCCGUCUGGUUGCGAAAAUUGCGAGAAUCCCAUUUGCGUUGACGAAUGUGAUGAUGUUCAAAGUAACGAAGAGUACACCGUAUGCCUUGAAGCUGCGCUGGAAGCCCAGGCGAUUUGCACUCGAGAAUGCACACCGGAUGUGCCUUGCUUCGAAAAAUGCAGCGAAAUAUACAUUGAAAACUUGAGGGACUGCCCAUGUGUCGUGGACUUCACAACAACAACUGAAGAACCAACUACUACCCAUCCUCCGAGCAAUGGAAACCUUCUUGUUCUGCUAAACAACUUGCGCGAGUCUUACAUCGUUUCUGGAGAUGGGCUUGAGUCAUCGAUUCCAACGAUAAAUGCUCCUGAUGAUGACUUCACUGACCGCGCCCUUUUCGCGGUUGUUCAGAAUGAACUCUAUCUUUUUGGUGGAGCAUAUGAUAAUCAGAUGAUCGGUAAACUUGAUGGCUGUAAUUUUGUCGAGCUCUCGAUUCGGCUGAAUUUUCGAUACUACCACGAUUCCGCCGCGGUUGCAUUUGAUGAUGGAGCUAUAGCUCUGAUUUGUUUUCCGGGUUACAGUCCGAUCGAGAGUUGUGAGAUAUUUGACUUGACAAGCGCGACUCCGACCCACUCAACUCAGUAUACACAUACUUAUGGAAAACUCGGAAUUUAUCAAGGAAAUCCAAUCACUGUAGGCAGUUACUAUUCUUCUGGAACGAAAAAGGUUGAAGUUUACAAUCCAACAGGCUGGUUUUCGAUGCCAGAUCAUACUAGAAAUAUCUAUGCCCAUACAUUGACAGGUUUGGACGAUGGUUCUUUGAUUCUUGCUGGAGGAUAUGAUAUGACUCAGGACUCAUUUUCUAAGAAUAUUUGGAUGCUCAAAAAUGGCUCGUGGGAUAUUAUCGGGCUAAUGAAAAUGAACUAUUAUCUUGCUUCUGCGAUUCGAAUUGAGUCUGAAAUUUUUAUUGCGUCUGGAAGACCUGCUGAAAAUGUCGGCAAUUAUCCAGUGGAAAGAAUUAUUUUUGAAGAUAAUCAAUUUAUUGAGACGAAUAUCAUUGCUUCUCAUGAUUCCUCGAACUAUAUCCCUGUUCUUUUUGCUGUUGAAAUUGACUUUUGCAUCGAUGAGAGUUCAUGA